AUGAUCCCAGCUGAAGGUCCCACCACUAGGACAGUGAAGGUAACUUUGGCGAGCUUUGGAGACCACAGGGCAUAUGAGGUUGGCAAAACCCAGCAGAAUGAUCCCAGUCUUCCACAAACAUCCUCUGAAAAAUGUCCAGAAGACAAAACUAACCUCCAGGCUGAAGGUCCCACCACUAGGACAGUGAAGGUUGGCAAAACCCAGCAGAAUGAUCCCAGUCUUCCACAAACAUCCUCUGAAAAAUGUCCAGAAGACAAAACUAACCUCCAGGCUGAAGGUCCCACCACUAGGACACUGAAGGUGUCUUUGGCGAGCUGUGGAGACGGCAGGGCACAUGAGGUCAGAGGCAGUUGGAGAGCUAGCUUGUACGAGGUGCUCACCAAUGAGAGUGAGGAUUUAAAAAAAAAGAUUGAUUCCCAGAAAGGCAAAGAGAUUCUGAUACAAGGCAUAAAAGGCAUUGAUGCGGCCAUCAACCCAGGGAUGCCCCUGAGUUGUUUGCCUGAAAACUGCCAUGUGGAAAUUACAUUUGUCAAAAGUAAAAGUAAGCAUAAGAAAGAGAAUCAGAUAUUUGGCCGAUUUGACCACGGGUCAGGCGAGUGUGUCAAGUUUUAUAUUCAUGCCAUCGGGAAGGAGAGAAAAAAGAUCGUGAAAUUCCCCGGACUUCACAGAAAGGGUGGCAAACUCUGCAUCUACGCUUUCAAAGGAGAAACCAUCAGGCAGGCCUUGUGCAAGGAUGGCAGAUUGCUUCCUUUUCUGAAGGAUCAUGGCUGGAAACUCAUUGAAAAUGCCGACACCAUUUUAGAAAGCACACAGCUGGUGGAUGACAUAGAGGAAAGGGUCUUUGAGGUGGAGUUUGAGAAAAGGCUCACGAGGGCUAACGCGACUGAGAACGCUGAGCCACAGAACAGGAACACCACUCUAUUGAAUGAAGCACUUGUGGAGCAGUACCCCAUUUUGAGAACGGAAAGUCAGAAAAUGAUAGCUUAUUUAAGGAAAGAUGAGGAAAACUCAAAGGCUUUUUACAAAGUUUGUAAAACAAAUUUUGGGAAAGAGAGAAAGAGCUUUACUACGGGCGCAGUCAUAAAGCUUGUUCAUCCUCUCCUUGACUCAGUUGGGUUCAUGGAAUGGGACAACAACGGGAGAAGAGGUCAUGCCUCCUGUUUUGUUUUCAAAUGGCCGUACAUUUUCACUUCCCAGCAUGUAUUGCGUAUGCUUGUGGGAGAAGGAAUAGAGGUCCGUGACUGGAACAGCAUAAUUAGUCGAAGUGCAAAGGUGACUUUCAAUUAUUACAAGACCACAAUUCAAGAAAAUGACUGCUUUUACAUUGAUCCAUCAUUUUUGAAAUCUGAUGCAACUCUUGAUUAUGCAGUUCUGAAACUGAAGGAGAAUGCACAAGUCAUUUCUCCAGGAUUAUGUGAUAAAUUUAAUUCUACACCACCUAAUGGGUUGGUAUAUAUCAUCGGCCACCCAGAUGGAAAUGCGAAAGAAAUUGAUCACUGUUUUGUGAUCCCCCUGAGUCAGCGAGAAGAAAAAUGUGAACAACGUGUCAAAAACGGCGGCCCAUUUGUCCACAUGUACACUAGAAAGAGUUUCCAGGGAAUAGUUAACAACCCCAACGUGAUUACCUAUGACACCUUCUUUUACUUUGGUUCUUCUGGCUCCCCAGUAUUUGAUUCAAGUGGUGCGUUGGUAGCCAUUCAUAAUGCUGGCUUUGCUUUUAUAGAUGAAAGAGGGAUGAAUAGUAUCAUUGAGUUUGGCUCAUCUAUGAUAUCCAUCCUCUGUGAUAUUUAUCAUUGUGAAGAUGGACGACAAUGGUUUGAUGAAAUAAAGGUAGAUCUUUCUGAAUACUUACCAAAGGAUGUAGAAAUGGUGAGCGAAGAAGAGGAUUGAGGAUGGCAUUUUUGGAAUAAUAUCAAAUUACACCUUGAACAAUUCAGAGUGAAUUCAUUCCAGUCAGCCUUAAUCAGUGACGUUUUACUAUAACUCCCAUAUUCCAAAUUACAAAUUGGGCACAUCAUUUAAAGACUACUGUGCCACUUAUGGGAGGGAACAGGAAGCAAUUUGGGAGAUACAGUUUGGAUACUAACAUGAAAUGUCUGAAGCUUUCAGGCAUUUAUGUUACAGAGUAUUUAAUAUUAAUAUUGUCUCAGAAGG